AACAUAACAUCAAGCGGAACGGAACGCAGUUCUAAUAAUUUUUCUUCAUUCACCUUCGCUUUACUUGUUUCAUUGACGUUUUUCUUGUUUGUAAAUAAUAAUUGCUGGAAAUAGUACGCAAUGUGAAAUUGUACGCAUUCCUCGUUCCAUUGCACAUUACGUAAACGUUAAACAUCGUUUAACAAUCCAAUUGAUAGUGCAAGAAAUAUCCUAACCUAAUGUGGUUCUUGUUCUACUGAGGUGUUGAAGCUAUGAUAGAAGAUAAUGCCUCAAUUUAGAAGAAAAAAGGCGUCAAAGUCGUUCCCAGUUAAAGUAUGUACGCUAGACGCUGAAUUGGAAUUUAACCUUGAGUGGAGGGCAACAGGAAGAGAUCUAUUUGACUUAGUAUGCAGGACUAUAGGCCUAAGAGAAACAUGGUUCUUUGGUCUACAGUUCGAAGACACAAAACAUUUUAUAAGCUGGCUGAAGUUGGAUAAAAGAGUACAAGACCAAUGCGUCUCCCAAAUGCCGGGCACCCCAUUUAUGUUACUCUGUAAGUUGUACCCGGAGGAUGUAGCAGAGGAGUUAAUCCAGGAGGUAACACAGCACCUCCUCUUCCUCCAAGUGAAGCAAGCGAUCCUCAGCAUGGACAUCUACUGCCCUCCGGAGGCGUCCGUCCUGCUUGCAAGCUAUGCUGUCCAGGCUAAGUACGGUGAUUAUGAUGAGAGUGCGUACAAGCCUGGUAUGCUGGCCAGCGAGGAUCUGCUGCCGCAGCGAGUCAUCGACCAGUACCAGAUGACUCCAGAAAUGUGGGAGGACCGUAUCAAGAUAUGGUACGCAGAUCACAAAGGUAUGUCGCGCGAUGAAGCCGAAAUGGAGUAUCUAAAGAUAGCGCAAGACUUGGACAUGUAUGGAGUCAACUACUUCGCUAUUAAAAAUAAGAAAGAAACAGAAUUAUACCUAGGGGUGACGGCGUUAGGUCUAAAUAUAUACGAAAAAGAUAAUAAACUGACUCCUAAAACAACAUUCCCGUGGUCCGAAAUCAAGCACAUAUCCUUUGACGACAAGAAAUUCGUCAUCAAGUUUGUUGAGAAAACAACGAAUAACUUUAUAUUUUUCUCGCCUAAAGGAAUGAAUAAGUUGAUACUGGACCUGUGUAUCGGUAACCACGAUUUAUACAUGAGGAGACGGAAACCUGACACCAUGGAGGUACAGCAAAUGAAGGCGCAGGCUAAGGAAGAGAAACAGCGUCGUCAGAUCGAGCGCAACAAGUUGGCGCGAGAGAAACAACUCCGUGAAGCCGCAGAGCGCGAGAGACAGGCCAUGGAGCAACGCCUAAGGCAGUACCAGGAGGAAAUACGACUCGCAAAUGACGCACUCCGUCGUUCAGAAGAGACGGCUGAGCUUCUAGCAGAGAAAGGGAGAGUGGCAGAGGAAGAAGCUUCUCUUCUAGCACAAAAGGCAGCCGACGCUGAACGGGAGAACGCGAGGCUUCGGCUAUCUGCUAUCAAGACUGAGGAGGAGAAGGUACACUUAGAAAGGAAAACUCGCGAAGCAGAAUAUCUAACAGCGCGUUUAGUAGAAGAAUCAGAGAAGCGAGCGGCUGAAGCGGAAAGAUUAAAAGCUGAACUCGUAGCAGCGAGGAUGGCGGAAAAGCAAGCGAAAGAGAAACUCCUAAACUUCUUGAGCAGGACUUCCACCGGGUCCCUGCCACCCGUCAGCAAGCCUUCGAGGAAGUUUGAGGAGUUGGAGACGAAGAUGACUGAAAAGCAGUCUAGCGAGAAGUUGAUCAGCUAUUUGAAUGAUACUUAUAAUGGAUCGUGGGAUCUUGGACCACCGUCAUCGACAGUUCCGUCAAGUUUGUUCCCAUCAACGUGUUCGUUACCCGCGGAACUCGGGGGCGAAGUCCUACAGAACGGCACCGCGACGGUGACGGAGCCCGAACUCAACUCCUACCAGCUUGUACCUGAUGACUCCGAUCCUCAUAUACAUCGGCUGUCCUUGGAGAUUGAGAAGGAGAGAGUGGAAUACCUGGCAAAAUCGAAGCACCUUCAACAACAGUUAGAUGAGCUUCGUUGCGAGUUCUCUGUACUUCGAGUAGACCAGUCUACUGCGACGCUAGACCGACUGCACGAGGAACAGACCAGGGCUGGUGAUAACAAGUACUCCACGCUACGGAGGCUCAAGCAAGGGUCCACUAAGACCAGAGUCGCCUUCUAUGAAGAGCUGUGAGAUAAGGUACUCGUUACCGUGUUCUGAAAGAAGCACAAGUAGGUAAACUAAUGACAAUACAUUAUAGAUGGUAACAAAAUCGUGACCACACAGAGCAUGCCUCUGUGGAAUGACAGUAAUCACCACCUAGUUGACCAACUCUGGUGAUUUUGGUGAUUAACGAAAACUUACUAUGAGUUAGUAAAAAUGAAUUGAUUUAAAUGGACAAUAAGUUAGGAGACGCAUAGUAUCUAUGAUAUGAGUUUUUUUUUUAAUUUCGAAUGCAGGAAAGAUGAUGGAUGUAGGAAUUACACAUUGUUUAGGUUCUCAAUUUUUGACAUGUGUCUGUUGCUUUAAGCAAUUAUGAACCUUAUUUCUCACACGGUUUAUAUUUAAAUGGACCGAAUUUGGUUGAAACAUAUUUUUGAGUAUUUAGAUAGUUCAAAAUAAUUAUUUAUGUAAUAUGUAUUACUAAUACAAUAAAAAUGUGUAACAAUACAAUGAA